GGGGGAGAGAGGAAUGGGACCCGAUGGUCACAGCAGUAGGGGAGGGAGAAGGAUCUUUCGCGGUGGGGGGGUGGGCUGGGGAAGGAGGAAGAGCCUCUGCAUCUUUCAAAACCAAGACCUAACCUUGCCUUCUCUUCUGAUUCAAGGAUCCGGAGGCACGUAAGUCGCUUUCUUUUGUUACAAAACCCUCUUUUCCAGUGGUGGGGAUAACGUAGACCAAGUUGCCGGCGGCGGAGGGGGGGGAGGAGGGGCGGGGAGGGAAAGGAAUAUAUUGAUGGGGGCUACCUGCUUCGUUCCUUCGGGGACUCCAGCUGGCAAAAGCAAGGAGGGCUCGGGUUUUUAUUUUCCUGCCUUCACUAGGAAAUAUCCAACCCCCCCUUUGCCAAAGCAUGCGUCAAACCCAUCCACAACAGCAGCACCCCACAUCCUUUCUAAAAUCUGGACACAGAACCGUUUCCUUGAGUUUAUGGGGGCUGGAGGGGGGGUUGCUCUUGGAAAGGUGGGGGGUGUCUCACCCCACCAGAUGUUUCAGAUAUACAUUUAGAUGUUUCAGAUACGAUAUUCAGAUAUUCAUUCUGUCUCCCCACCCCCCCUCAAGAGCCUUCCUUCCUUUCCCUUAGAGUCUCUUUGAUUAUGAUUAAUUCUAUUUAUUUAUUUUUGCAACAGUUUUUGACUGCAGGAAGGGAGGAAAAUGGUUGGCUGGCAUAGAAGAGAGACAGCCAUGAGGCUCAGACCAGCCGACAACGGAAGCCUUGCAAUGCAUUCCUAAGGAAACUGUUGGAUCCUUACACACACACACACGGAAAAAAACACACCCCACAUUUGCACAAGGGGGAGAAAAGAACCCUGAAAACCCUCAACCCUGCUGAUUUCCUACCCGUUGCUCUAGAGUAAGCAGCCUCGAGGGGGUGAUGACGCACAUGGGGGGGGGUGGCAGGAUCAUUGGAAGGGAUGCGCUUAAAAGACUCACCUCCAUGGACCUGGGGAAAAAAUGGGUUUGAUGGCUAUUGACCGGGCUUGGGGUGUGGGGUUUUCUUUUUUUAAUUGGAGGGGGUGGGGAGACUCUUGUCUGGAAAGCUGAAUGGUCAGAUUUGCUCUCGGAGAACUGGACGGUGUAGAAUUUUCAUAGCAGCAUUCUCCUAAACUGUCGCUGUCUUUGUAUAAUGUAAGGUCGAAAGUGUCUCUGUGUGUAUAUGUAUAUUUGUAUGUGUCUGUGUGUAAUGCUAUGGAAUACAGUUGUGUGAGGGAGAGAGAUUUAUCAUAUGCAAACCUCUCGGGAAUGACUUGUGCAAGAAAGCUGAUAUUCUUGCUUCCUCCAACCUGGUGCCCCCCAGCUGCUUUGGACUACAACUCCCACCCUCCAGCUGGGAAGGCUGAAGAGAGUUGUAGAGCAAAGCGGCUUGGACUGGAGGUCUCCGGAGCAACCUUGCCCACCCUUGUCGCUUCACAACAACAGACUCUCCUUGUGGAGAUUCACCAAAGUCCCGCUCUGAACAUUUUCCGGGGGCAUUGCAGGGAUUUGUUUAUUUAAGUUGUGGCAGGGAGUUAAUCUUCUCAGGCUCAAAUUUAACCUGGCUGUAUUUUAUAACACGUAUUUUUUUUAAAUACGUCCUCCCAGAGGUUGGGCAUUUUAAUAAACAAACCUGUGGUAUUACCUUGCUAUCAUAGAAUUGUAGAGGAAGAGAACCCAAGGAAGGGCCAUCUACCUCGGCCCCCUGCAAUGCAGAAAUCGUGGCUAAAGAAUCUGACGAAUGGCCACCCAACCUCUCUGUAUAAUAUCUUCUAAGGAAGGUUGAGUGUUGCACAUUUGAACGGAUGCAUAAAGCGCUGCUAGAUCAGGCAGUUUCUUUUCGUUUUAGUCCAGCAUCGUUUGUGUGUGUGUGUGUGUGAGAGAGAGACUCAUAGAAUUGCAGAGUUCCCAAGGAUCAUUUAGUCCAACCCCCUGCAAUGCAGGAAUCUCAGCUAAAGCAUCCAUGACAGAUUUGCCAUCCACUGCAGUCCAUGCUGCUAAAACAAAACACUGAGACUUUGUUCUAGCCAAGGCUUUGCUGAAAGUCAUGAACCUUGUUGGCUCUGGAAACCUGUGAAUCUGUUUGUUGGUGUCGUCAGGCAAGAGUGGGCGGGUGCGUGGGCCAGAUCAGUUCCCCAAACUGGGGAAAGGGUUACCGUCUGGGUCAAAUGGUGAAUCCGCAAGGUGCCAUCUUUUCAGUGCAGUAGGCAGAGACCUUACAGGCUGAAAUCCUCUUACUCAUUCCUGGUGCUGCAUCUAUAUAAUCUUGGGUGGCCAAUAGCAAGGGGAGGGGUGUGUCAGUGGGUGGGGCAUGUGAAGCCCACCCUCCCACUGGGGAGGAGCCAGCCAAUCCUAACCCUCCUCUCUCUGUGUGUGUCUUCCCCAUCUCCAGGUGGACAAGAUGCUUUAGCCUCCUGACUCUAGCACCGUGUCGAGCUCCUCCUACCCCUUCGCAGCCAUGCCGCCGCGCCCCUCGUCCGGGGAGCUGUGGGGGCUCCACCUCAUGCCCCCGCGGAUCAUGGUGGACUGCUGCCUCCCCAAUGGCAUGAUCGUCACGCUGGAGUGCCUGCGCGAAGCCACACUCCUGGGCAUCAAGCACGACCUUUUCAAGGAGGCCAGGAAAUACCCCCUUUUUCACUUGCUGCAGGUAAGCCGACCCUGGGCAGCUAAGGAAACGGGAAGCCGGGAGAGGGAAAGCUUCAGCCCGCUCUGCAGGAGAGGGAUUUAGCGAGCCAGGAGCAAGGACCUCUGGCUUAGUAGACCACAACAUUAAAAUGAGUUCCCAGUGUGAUGCAGCAGCAAAAAAGGCUGAUGCAAUUCUAGGUGGCAUCAACAGAUGUCCAGUGUCCAAGUGAAGUAAUUGUUGUGGUUGUUUAGUCGUUUAAUUUUGCCUGUGAUAAACCUAGGUUCAAUUUGACCUCUUUUAAACAACAACACUUUAUGGCCUCUGAGCAUCUCCCUCUCUAGACUUGGGAGAUAUUUGUUGUUUAGUUGUUUAGUCGUGUCCGACUCUUCGUGACCCCCUGGACCAGAGGACGCCAGGCACUCCUGUCUUCCACUGCCUCCCACUUUGGUCAAACUCAUGCUGGCACCUUCAAAAACACUGUCCAACCAUCUCGUCCUCUGUCGUCCCCUUCUCCUUGUGCCUGGAGCAUCAGGGUCUUUUCCAGGGAGUCUUCUCUUCUCCUGAGGUGGCCCAAGUCUUGGAGCCUCAGCUUCAGGAUCUGUCCUUCCAGUGAGCACUCCGGGCUGAUUUCCUUCAGAAUGGAGAGGUUGGAUCUUCUUGCAGUCCAUGGGACUCUCCAGAGUCUCCUCCAGCAUCAUAUUUCAAAAGCAUCCAUUCUUCGGCGAUCAGCCUUCUUUAUGGUCCAGCUCUCACUUCCAUACAUCACUAAGUGAAGUAUUAGUAUCACUCUAUUCUGCCUUGGUCAGACCACACUGGGAGUGCUGUAUGCAGUCCUGGGCACCUCAGUUUAAGAACAAUAUUGACCAGCUGAAGUGUGUGCAGAGGAGGGCAACCAAGAUGAUCAAGGGUCUGGAAACCAAGCCUGAUGAGGAACGGUCGAGGGAGCUGGGUGUGUUUAGAAGGGAGAAGACUGAGAGAUGAUAGGAUUGUCACAUGGAAGAUGGAGCAAACUUGUUUUCCGCUGCUCUGGAGGGCAGGACCCAAACCAGCGGAUUCAAGUUAUAAGCGAAGGCUGGGAGAGACUCUCAAUAAACCAUAAACAGUAUAUACUAUUCAUUGUAUUGAAUUGCCGAUUUCAACAGAAGUAACUCAAAGUUCAGCGAAAAAAGUAGAAGCCCAGUGGAUCAGUUCAUUCUCUAAUCAGUUUAUGCAUAAGGUCCAUAUAUGUGAAAGUGUCUAUUCCACCUGUCUGUUCAUAAAGUCCAACAAUCCACACGAAAGGUUGUUGCAGUUCCACGGAAUCCUUUCACAGAGUCUACGACAAGGAUUUCCAGAAUAUUAGCCUUGUUUUCGCCAUCUUGGGCUUCAUCAGUGGUACAAACUCUAAGUAAUGCAAAUAAAUACAAUAUCGUAAUCUCAUAUAUUUUACAGCAAAAUUAAUAUAAAAACCGUCAACAACCGUACAUACCAUAUAUGAUAUCACAGGACAGUUGUUCUUAUAGCAUAGUAGUAGCUGCUGUAAGCAGCAGCUUUUACAGAGUAGAGUUAUAUGGACAAGCACAAUAUUGAUUCAAGUACUUUUGGGUGAGACUCUCUGCUUGAAAGUCCUGGAGAGCCACUUCUGCCACUCAGUGUAGACCAGACUGAGCUAGAUGGACCAAGGGUCUGACUAAGGAGAAGGCAUCUUCCUAUGUUUCCCUAUAUCAUCCAUCAGUUUCCUUUCGAAGCUAUCUAAGCCCAUUGCCACAUCUUGUGGCAAUGAGUUCCAUAAGCCAGCAGUGCGUUUUGUGUGACGAAGUUACUUCCCUUCUGCUCUUCCUGUACCUAUCCCCACAUCAAUACCGUUGGGCGACCCUGCAUUCUAGCAUUAUGAGAGAGGAAGGAAGGAAGACAUAGAAUGACAGGAUCAUACAAUCACAGAAUUGUAGAGUUGGAAGGGACCCCCAAGGGCCAUCUAGUCUAACCCCUGACGAUGUAUCUGGGAAACGAUUGGGUUAGGGAAGGAAGUCUAGUGCAUGGGAAGAUGGGUCUCUGGGAGGUGUUCAGUGUCUCCCUUUGCUUCCCUACCCAGGAGGAAUCUUCCUACAUCUUUGUAGGGGUGACGCAGGAAGCCGAGAGGGAAGAAUUCUUUGAUGAGUCCCGGCGCCUUUGUGACCUCCGUCUCUUCCAGCCCAUCCUGAAGGUCAUUGAGCCGGUGGGAAACCGGGAGGAAAAGAUCCUCAACCGGGAAAUUGGUGAGUCCGAGGCCAAACUAGACAAGGGGGGGUCAGUCGAGUGGUACCCAGAAGGCUUGAUGGUCAAGUGUCCCUCCUUUGCUCCCAGGGUUUGCGAUCGGGAUGCCCAUCUGCGAAUUCGAGCUGGUCAAGGACCCCGAGGUGCAGGAAUUUCGGCGGAACAUCCUGUCGGUUUGCCGCGAAGCCGUGGAGACCCGGGGAUCUGCGGGGCCCCCGAGUCAGGCUCUGUAUGUCUACCCCCCCAAUGUGGAAUCCAGCCCAGAGUUGCCCAAACACGUGUACAGCAAACUGGACAAAGGUAAACUGGGGCUUUAUUAGAGGCAGAGGGACAGGAAUUGGGUGUGUUUCUAUAGCAUGCAUUUAAUUUUUACGAUGGAGGGGCGAAAUGUUUUGGCGAGGAGGCAUUGUUGUGUGUUUUUAAAAUCUGGGGGAAGGAGAAAUGUGGCCGGAGGAGAGAUACCACUUUCCCCCUGAGUGAACCCGAUUAGAUUAAUUUCCUGAUGGCUUCCCUUCAAAGCCAUUUUGGACCAUUGUAGGUUCAGGUCUUUGUGACCUGUUUCUGCUGUUAGUAUUUGUGAGAACGUAAGUUCAGUUAUGAGAGCAAGGAUAUGCCCGGGGUCCAUUUUUCCUCACCGGAUGUCGCCUUGUGAUGUGUUGCGCACAAGACACAUCAUAUGGGGACUUUCGGCGAGGAAAAAUGGCAGGCGCCACGGCAGCGAGCAGCUCCUGAAGCCAGCCAGAGCCAACUGCGCUACCAGGUUGGCUCCGGGCUGCUGAGGCUGUUGCUAUCACGUUUCCUGGGGACAGAUUUGCAAAUCUGGGGACGGGAUUUGUCCAGGGACAAAUUUGCAAAUCCAAGGAUGGGAUUUGUCCAGGGACAAAUUUGCAAAUCCGGGGACAGUCCCCGGGAACCGGGGAUGUCUGGUAUCCCUACUGUAGAGUAGGCCAGGCUGAGAUAUAGUGACUUCGCCAGAGGGUCCUCCUAUUCCCUCUCCCCCCGCCUCCCCCCACCCCGGCCACGCUGACCAUGCGCUCUCUCUCUCUCUCUCCGCCGCACCAUACCAGCUCACCCGAAUGACAGUUCCUUGUCCUGCUUUUCCCCCCCACCCUCCUUCCGUCUCCUGAAGGUCGGAUCAUAGUUACCAUUUGGGUUAUUGUGUCUCCAAACAACGACAAACAGAAAUACACCCUCAAGACCCCCCACGACGCGUUGCCGGAGCAGGUGAUCGCCGAGGCCAUCCGGAAGAAGACACGGAGCAUGCACCUGUCGCCGGAGCAGCUGCGCCUGUGCGUGCAGGAGUACCAGGGGAAGUACCUCCUCAAGGUGUGCGGCUGCGACGAGUACUUGCUGGAGAAAUACCCGCUCAGCCAGUACAAGGUGAGGUGGCCCUUCCUGCCCACAGCCCUGCCUCCCUCCCUCCCUUCCACACCCCACUCACUGCCUCCCCUCUCCCUGCCCCCCCAGUACAUGAGGAACUGCAUCACCAUCGGCCGCCUGCCCCACCUGAUGCUCAUGAGCAAGGAGAGCCUCUACAGCCAGCUGCCGGCCAACGUCUUUGUGCUGCCCUCCUACGCCCGCCGCUCGGCGACCUCUUCCCACGUCAACGGAGACGUCCCCACCAAGUCGCUCUGGUCCAUCAACAGCCUCCUGCGCAUCAAGAUCCUGUGCGCCACCUACGUCAACGUCAACAUCCGGGAUAUCGAUAAGGUUGUGGGCGGAAAGGAGCAAGUGAAGCCAGGGAGGGAAUAGGGGGCCAUACAACUCGCAUUGCACAGACCGACUCCCUAUUUAUUUUCAUAUUUUAUAUAAAUUUAUAUACAAAGCAAAUCAAGGGGUGGCAAAUUUUGCUAAAUUUAUUCUGUGGCUCCUUGGAGAGGAAGGGGCCAGUGGCGUUAAGAGCAGGAGACCCCCCAACUCUUUCCUCUCUUCCUCUUAGGACUCAUAGAAGGGACCUUGAGAGUCACCUGGUCCAAACCCCUGCAAUUCUGGAAUCUCAGCUAAAGCAUCCCUGAUUCAGAUAGCCACCUCUGCUUAAAAACAUCCAAGAAAGGAGAUUCCACAACCUCCUGAGGGAGUCCAUUCCACAGUCGAACAGCUCAUACCGCCAGAAAGUUCUUCCCAGUGUUCAGUCGGAAUCGCCUUUCUUGUAACUUGAAUCCAUUGAAUCCCUUUCCAGAUCUACGUCCGGACGGGGAUUUUCCACGGCGGGGAGCCCCUUUGCGACAACGUCAACACGCAGCGUGUUCCGUGUUCCAACCCUCGGUAAGUGUGGCAUAACUAACGGGGAGUUGCCUUAUACUGACCCAGGGCGUUGGGGGUCCACCUCGCUCAGAACGGCCUUCAUUGAGAUCCGUGGCUUUCAGAAUCUCAGGCGGGGGGGUGGGUCUUUCCCAGCCCUGCCUAGAGAUGCCAUUGAGGAUUUGACCUGGGACCCCUAUUUGCAUGCAAAGCUUAAACUGCUCUUCUCUGGUGGGGGAAGGAGAAAAGUAUGGGGACGAGGGGAUCCAGCGCCAUGAAGAGGGUGGUGGGGGUGAGUUGCAGCCCCCCUGUACUGACACCCCACUCCCCCUCUUCCUCACUGCCAGGUGGAACGAGUGGCUGUCGUACGACAUCUAUCUCACCGACUUGCCCCGGGCUGCCCGACUCUGCGUUUCCAUCUGCUCAGUGAAAGGCCGGAAAGGGGCCAAGGAGGUGAGCCGGGAUUUGGGAUUUCCCCGUGGUUUAAUUCAAGGGUCAGCUGAGACCUGUAGGAAGCUGGUUCGUCCUGAGUCAGAGCAUUAGUCCAUUCAGCUCAAUAUUAAAUAUAACAAUGACAGGCAGCGGUUUUCCAGGGUUUCAGAUAUUUGUCUCUCAGCCCUGCCUGGGAUUGAACCUGGGACCUUGCAAACCAGGUGCUCUCCCACUGAGCUGUGGCCCUGCCUUAAUCCUUGAAUGUGUAAAAGGGUGGUGAAGAAGAGAGCACCGCCGAGGAUGUGCACAAGCCGUAGGCCAUGGGUAGGCAAACUAAGGCCCGGGGGCUGGAUCUGGCCCAAUUGCCUUCUCAAUCCGUUCCGCGCACGGUCCGGGAAUCAGCGUGUUUUUACAUGAGUAGAAUGUGUACCUUUAUUUAAAAUGUAUCUCUGGGUUAUUUGUGGGGCAUAGGAAUUUGUUCAUUUCCCCCCACAAAAUAUAGUCUGGCCCCCACAAGGUCUGAGGGACAGUGGACCGGCCCCCUGCUGAAAAUGUUUGCUGAUCCCUGUGAGCCUAGGCCUUCCUCCACGCUGCAGCUACAGGUUAGGGGUCAGGCGGUUUCAGGAGCCCCAGCACCUCUUUUCUUUUGGGGAAAUUAAGUUCACCUGCAAACCAAGACACCUGGAUUGUCUGUGAUGGGGAAUCUUGGGAGGGGCGAGGUCUUCAACCGGCUGGUUGGGACACACGACAGAGUUCCGGCCCGAUUCAAGGCGGGUCGCAGCAGCAGCCCUCCUGCCGUGCAAAUAAAUGUUUUAAAAAAGAAAGAAGUGGUUCUCCAAAUACAUGUUUGGGUUAAAGGUGGGUCCCCUGUCUAAAAAAGACUGCUGUUUGAGAGUCCGCUAGCUUAAGGGACGGAGGCACUCCUUCUGCGCCCUGACUCAGCCCCCCAUGGUCUCUCUGCCCCCUUGCCUAACAGGAGCACUGCCCCCUGGCCUGGGGCAACGUCAACCUCUUUGAUUACAAAGACACGCUGGUGGCUGGGAAAAUGGCUCUGAACCUUUGGCCCGUUCCCCAUGGCCUGGAAGAUUUGCUGAACCCCAUUGGAGUGGGGGGCUCCAACCCCAAUAAAGUGAGUCUGCUAGUCAGCUUUGCAAUACCGUUGUUGUUGUUGUUGUUUUGUUAUUGCAUUGCUUUUUGUCCAAGUUAGGUUUUAUUACUGUUUGUAGCCAGGGGCCAUUACAAUAUGGACAUAAAACACAUAUGUGCAAAACACACAUCACCAAUCCAAUUAGAGUACAAAUAAGCUGGAUUUAAAAUGCUCCAUUGGGUUAAAAGCUUCCCUUAACAUGUAGCCCUGAUCUGAGUGAGAAAGGCCUCUCUUUAUCUUUUUUGCAGCUAGUGCAAAUAAAGCGGCCUUUAACUAAUGCCUGUUUCUGCAUCAGCCUGCAGCCACCUUAUCUUAAAACCAUCUGGUUGGCCUUCCAAGAAAGUCUGAAAAGGGAGAAUAAAGGCUUGUCCCGCUCUUUCCAGGCACAAGUCCACGCUUAAAAGCUUUGUGUCUGAUCAUUUUUCGGUUUCUUUUGCCCUUUCAAAAACCCACUCUUUAGCGCUCAAUCGGAACAAUAGUCAAUUUGUGUUUUCCAUGGAUCGUCGUUGGCUCCGAUUAAGCUUUAAAGGGUGGGUUUUCUCAGGGAAAGCUCUGGGGCGGAAAAUAGGUGCUCAGACAAGGAGCUUUAAAGCACAGACCAUGCCUGGAAAGAGCAGAGGAAGUGUGGAUAAGCUCUAAACAGAACCCUUGGUGGAUUUAUAAAUAAUAAUAUAAGAUAUAGUGCACUACAUCUUCAAUUUGUUCUCCAUAAGAGUACAUAUGUACACAGAAACAUUCCUUUACUAGCUUCUUAUAAAACCUGCUUUGGGCCCCUCCACGCAUCCUUUUUAUUCUGCAUUCAUAACGACUUGUGCUCAUCAUGGUGUCAGGGUAAGGUAAAGGGACCCCUGAGCAUUAGGUCCAGUCGUGGCCGACUCUGGGGUUGCAGCGCUCAUCUCGCUUUACUGGCCGAGGGAGCCGGCGUACAGCUUCCGGGUCAUGUGGCCAGCAUGACUAAGCCGCUUCUGGCGAACCAGAGCAGCGCACGGAAACGCCAUUUACCUUCCCGCCGGAAUGGUACCUAUUUAUCUACUUGCACUUUGACGUGCUUUUGAGCUGCUAGGUUGGCAGGAGCAGGGACCGAGCAACGGGAGCUCACCCCGUUGCUGGGAUUCGAACCGCCAACCUUCUGAUCGGCAAGUCCUGGGCUCUGUGGUUUAACCCACAGCGUCACCCGCGUCCCAGUUAUACACAAACUCGCUUUCAAUACCAUUUGCUCCCGCAAAAGAUUUCCGAAUUAACAAACUCCUUCGUUGCCAAUUGGCACAGGUGCCCCCCGCAACUUUUUGCUAAAAUCCUGCAGCUUUUCAUCCUGGAAACAUUAAAGAGGACCCUGUACUUGCCCUACAUUUGUAAGAUUCAGGAUAAAAGAAGGCCUUCACGCAGCGCAUAGUUAAAAUUAUGGAGGCACAGGAGGCAGCAAUGGCCACCAACUUGGAUGGCCUUAAAGGAGCCUUUUUGUUUUCCCUUUGGGGCAUCUGCGUGGUCACUGAGAGAACAGGCUGCUGGGCCAUGGAUCUGAUCCAGCAGGCUAUUAUUAGGUUCUUACACACCUGCGAUCUCAUCACCUUUGCUUUCCCCUCUGUAGGAGACCCCGUGCCUUGAGCUGGAAUUCACUUGGUACAGCCACACCGUCAAAUUUGCUGAUGCCACCGAGAUAGAGGAGCACGCCAACUGGGCCAUGUCCCGGGAGCUUGGACUCAACUACUGUAUGGUGGGACUGGUAAGAGAUCCAACUCCAUCGUAGGACUGUAGGGGGGGAGAAAUGGCUCUCGUGGGCAGAAAGAAAGGGGCGUCUGACUUACUCGGAUAGGUCUCCCUGUUCCAUGGCACUUACUUUCCUAGGCUUGGGGUGAGAAGACAAGGCAAUGCCAUAGGACACUUUAGCCUUCCCCAAUCGAGUGCUGUCUGAAUGUUGUUGGACUACAACUCCCAUCAGCCACAGUCUAGGGCUGAUGGGAGUUGUAGUCCUCAACAUCCAGAGCAGUGGGCAGUAGUGCCCCCUGGGGGGAAUUACUUAGGCACUAGGAGGCAUGUGGGCAGCAGGAGGGUGCUGGAGGUGGAAAUGACUACCAGGGUCUGAAAAGCUGGUAUCGCCGGAUCAAGCUCAUCCAUUUUGCUGAAUUAAUUAAGCUACAUCUUUUUAACUGGAUUUUGAAUAAAUGUGCAAUUCAUUGUUACUGUUUUGAAUUUUACGGUGUCAUUAUCUCCCUUAGGAGGUUGUGCAAACCGCAAUACUGAAUAGUGCCUUUUGUGUAGGGUAGAGGGCAAGGGGGAUGAGCUUUUAUAGGGCCAAGGCUAGUUUGGAAACCCCUGGUCUGGAGGGCACCAGGUUGGGGAAGGCUGGGAAACACAUUAAGGCUUCUCCUUCUUCUUGUCAGAUAAAAAAAAGACAAUGCUUCAAGAGAAAACGAGAGAGAAAAGUUCCCUCGUUUCCAUAGUGAAACCUUUCCUAGUCAAGAGAGUAGAUCUAUAUAUAUUUAGCUGAAGUGCCUGGCAGGGAAACCAAAUGUAGGACACAUGGAUACAAGGCCUCGGUUUUGCAGCUCAGUUUGUUAACUUGCCAGGGAUUGUUCCACUGUAUAGGAAGCAUCUCUGAGGCUACACAUCUCUGAUCUGGGAGGGACUGGCCGGCCAAGUGAUAGAGAGAGGGAGGGAUGGGAAGGAGCCAAACUGGGGGUUCUGAACCAGGGUGAUAACCUUCUGCUUCUGUUGCCUCCUUUGUCCAGAGCAACCGCCUGGCCCGGGACAGCUCCCUGGAUGAGAGUGAGCUGGAGCAGCUGAGAAGCAUCUGCAAUCGGGACCCCCUUUCGGAGAUCACGGAGCAAGAGAAGGACUUCCUGUGGCGACACCGGUGGGUGGGUGGGCGCCGGGGAUCCUGGGUGAUCUCUGUAGCGGGAGAGGGCCUCCUGCCAGAUUUCUCCACCUCCCUGCUAGAUGAGAUUUGCACAUUCAAAGGGAGGGGUGACUUAUUUGUUUAAACAAAGAAUAAAUGACACUGGACCAUCUUAAGGCGAUGGGUGCCCACCUCUGAUGAAGAGAGCACAGCAGAGGUUAUAUUUUCUGAGAAUCCUCCGGAAAAACAAUCUCUCAAAGGACCUGUUGGUGGCAUUUUACCAUUGCACUGUGAAGAGUGUAUUAACUUAUGGUCUCUGUGUGUGGUUUGGGAGCUGCACGGCCAGGGAAAAAACAAUGCUGUCCAGGGUUGUAAAGACUGCGAAGAGAAUAACUGGGUGCCCUCUUCCCACCUUGGAUCAAAUCUAUGUUGUCAGGUGCCAUAAGAAAGCUGCAGAGAUAGCGCAGGAUAGUGCGCACCCCAGAAAUGAUCUCUUUCAGCUUCUGCCUUCUGGAAGAAGGUACAGGGUUAUAAAGACCAGGAUUAGCCGCCUGAGAAACAGUUUCUACGCAAAUGCAAUUCUGGUUCUAAACGCAGCAUAAGGAGUCUCUAUAGUAUAUUGUAUUUUAAAAUGGGGUUUCAGAGUUUUUAGGGGUUUUUGAAUGUUUUAUGUAGAUUUUCAGUUUCAUUGUUCUGUAUGGGACAAGGACAAUAAAGAUAUUGUAUAUCGUAAAGGCAGGCCUGCAUUAAGACUGCACCUGUUAGCAGAAUUAGUUCCAGUGGGUUAGUGCAGCAGAUGGGAUAUGGGGGAGGACUCCUGGGUUUGUGAGCGGUGAGAACAGGAGGUCUGGGUCCUGUCUAUCCCUCAGGGGUUCUUUAGCUGUGAUUCCUCUACUGCAGGGGGGUUGGACUAAAUGAUCCUUUAGCCCCCUUCUGACUCUACAGCCCUAUGAUUAUUUUUUCCCCUUCCAGGCACUACUGUGUCAACAUCCCGGAGACCCUCCCUAAAUUACUGCUGUCUGUCAAGUGGAAUUCGCGGGACGAGGUGGCUCAGGUGAGACUAAGAGCUUUCUUGGGUGUCUCGUCAGAGACACAGCCCACCUUCCCCCUCAAAGCUCCUGGCUGGGAUUGGAUAAUAAUAAUAAUAAUAAUAAUAAUAAUAAUUUAUUUACUGUAUUUUUCGCUCUAUAACACGCAACAGACCAUAACACACAAGUAGUUUUUAGAGGAGGAAAACAAGAAAAAAAAUAUUCUAAAAGAAAUAGUGGAUAUAUGAUUUUUGUCGUUCAUGCUGUGGCCACAGACAUGUGAUCUGACAGUGAGUUUGGAGUAGCCCAAUGCAAAAAUCCUGAGGAUCCAUGUGGAUCCAUGCUUUGUAACCACAGAGGAGGGAAGGAAGGGGAACCAUGGAUCCUCUGCUCACGACUGCAGAUCCCCCCCGCCACCCGCAGGCAUUCGCUCCAUAACAUGCACAGACAUUUCCCCUUACUUUCUAGGAGGAAAAAAGUGAGUGUUAUGGUGCAAAAAAUACAGUAUGCCCCGCCCAUCUGGCUGGGUUUCCCCAGCCACUCCGGGCGGCUUCCAACAAACCACUAAAAUACAAUAACCUAUUAAGCAUUAAAAGCUUCCCUAAACAGGACUGCCUUCAGAUGUCUUCUAAAAGUUUGGUAGUUAUUUUUCUCUUUGACAUCUGGUGGGAGGGCAUUCCACAUGGCAGGUGCCACCACCGAGAAGGCCCUCUGCCUGGUUCCCUGUGAUGAUUUCCUGCAAAUCAUUUCCCUUGUAAUUCCCAACCUGCCUCUUCCUUCUCCCUCCGCAGAUGUACUGCCUCCUCCGGGAAUGGCCGCUGAUUAAACCUGAGCUCUCCAUGGAACUCCUCGAUUGCAAUUUCCCAGAUCCGGUGGUGAGGGAAUUUGCUCUGAAAUGCCUUGUGAAGGGCCUCACGGACGACAAGCUUUCCCAGUAUCUCAUCCAGCUGGUGCAGGUAACCACCUCUGGUGUUAUUGACUGUUAUGUACUGAGUUGAAUAGGAUCCGAAAGGCAGCAGUCUGAUUGGUCCUAGAACAAUAGGGUUCAGAAUGCAGCAGUCUGAUUGGUCCUAGAACAAUAGGGUUCAGAAUGCAGCAGUCUGAUUGGUCCUAGAAGAAUAGGAUUCAGAAUGCAGCAGUCUGAUUGGUCCUAGAACAAUAGGGUUCAGAAUGCAGCAGUCUGAUUGGUCCUAGAACAAUAGGGUUCAGAAUGCAGCAGUCUGAUUGGUCCUAGAACAAUAGGAUUCAGAAUGCAGCAGUCUGAUUGGCCCUAGAACAAUAGGAUUCAGAAUGCAGCAGUCUGAUUGGUCCUAGAACAAUAGGGUUCAGAAUGCAGCAGUCUGAUUGGUCCUAGAACAAUAGGAUUCAGAAUGCAGCAGUCUGAUUGGCCCUAGAACAAUAGGAUUCAGAAUGCAGCAGUCUGAUUGGUCCUAGAACAAUAGGGUUCAGAAUGCAGCAGUCUGAUUGGUCCUAGAACAAUAGGAUUCAGAAUGCAGCAGUCUGAGUGGUCCUAGAACAAUAGGGUCCAGAAUGCAGCAGUCUGAUUGGUCCACAGGAGCCACCCAAUCCAGCUCCAGGUAGAAGUGAAUCCACAACCAGAUUGGCCUACAGGUGAAUCCCGGAAUUAGCCAAUCACGUGGGGCCCAUUGUGUAAAUAAUGUAUAUAAAGCAGAUAUUCUGGGGGAACUUCUAUUCCUCCUCACCACUAUGAGCUGAAUAAAGAGCAUGAAAUCCACUCUCGACUCUGAGUAUAUUUCAUUGACCAUGGUUGGCUUUUUAAAAUUAUUAUUCUAUUCCUCGUAAGUUCGCCUUGAAUGCAUGCUAAACAGAAAGAGGGAUAUGAGUUGAUAAACUCAAUUAGACUUUGCCUAACUUGUGCCCUCUAGGCACUUUGGACCGCAAUUCCCACCAGCCCUAGCUAGCAUGGCCGUGCAGAGAUACAACAAUGGGGAUUUCUGCCUCUUGUGCGCUUUUUGUCCUGGCAGGACCAACACGGCAACAGGGCAAGCUGCACUCCUUCCGUGGCUCUUUCUCUUUUGCAUGGCACGACACCCACAAGCUAGAAAUAAGCACACACCCUUUGACACCUUUGACUCUCCCCCUUGAAGGUUCUCAAGUACGAGCAAUACCUGGACAACCCCUUGGCUCGCUUCCUGACCAUGAAAGCCCUGACCAACCAGCGGAUUGGGCAUUUUUACUUCUGGCAUCUCAAGUAAGUGCCGGGAUGAGAGAUGUGGAACUGAUGGGUGUGGUGGGGUUAAUAGAAGCGGAGCUGAGAAGGAAGUUUGCAAGUGUAUAGGUCGGCCCUCAGGACUUGGGGCAGGACCUUUGUCUACGCUGCGUAUACACCAUGCAUUUAAAGCAUCAAAACAAUGCAACGCGCUGCGACAUUUCAUCGCAGCUCCCACUUGUGUGCUGUCACCAUUAUCGUCACCAUCGCCAGCUCAUUUGCACGCAUGCUGCUUUUCCGUGUUAGAGCCCUGCUCAAAGCAGCUCACAGCUACGUGCAGAAUAAACGUUAGCAACAUUUCGAGAUGCUGUGUUAAUGGUUUCAAAGCAGAAUGCAGUUUAAACAAGAAUCAUAGAAUCAUAGAGUUGGAAUACACCAAAAGGGCCAUCGAGUCCAACCCCCUGCCAAGCAGGAAACAGUCGCACUAAUAUCAAUCAAUAGGGCAAAGAAACAUUGAAGCAAUGCCUACCAAUAAAAUAAAAAAAUUAAAUUGCAGCAGCAACAAUAUCCAAGGCAGGUGGAGACACUUGUCCUUGAUGGUUCCAGCAGACUCCCCAGUAGCAAUGUGCUGUAGGAGGAUACUGUAGUUCCACUGAGCUACUAUCCCUCCCCAGUCCUAGAAACAUAUAAUAGUAAUAAUAAUAAUAAUUAAUAAUAAUAAUAAUAAUAAUAAUAUAUUUAUACCCUGCCCAUCUGGCUGGGUUUCCCCAGCCACUCUGGGUGGCUUCCAACAGAAUAUUAAAAUACAAUAACCUAUUAAACAUUAAAAGCUUCCCUAAACAGGGCUGCCUUCAGAUGUCUUCUAAAAGUCAGAUAGUUGUUUAUUUCCUUGACAUCUGGUGGGAGGGUGUUCCACAGGGCAGGCGCCACCACCGAGAAGGCCCUCUGCCUGGUUCCCUGUAACUUGGCUUCUCGCAGGGAGGGAACUGCCAGAAGGCCCUCGGAGCUGGACCUCAGUGUCCGGGCAGAACGAUGGGGGUGGAGAUGCUCCUUCAGGUAUACUGGGCCUUUGAGGCCGUUUAGGGCUUUAAAGGUCAGCACCAACACUUUGAAUUGUGCUUGGAAACGUACAUAGAAGUGUAUGGUUGUCCAUCCCCCUGCAGUGCUGGAACCACAACUAAAUAUUCCAUUGCUGAUGGUCAUCCAAGGAAAGAGAGCCUUGCAAGCGAGUCCCGUUUCAGUGCGACGGUCCCAGGAAUCAAGCUGGUGUGGGUCUUUCAGAAUGGGCUGGGUUGGGGGUAAUGGGCUCUGAGUCGGAACUUUGUUGCCUCCCGCAGGUCAGAGAUGCACAGCAAGCCCGUCUCUCAGCGCUUUGGGCUGAUGCUGGAGGCCUUUUGCCGGGGCUGCGGGAUGUACCUCAAGCACCUGAACAGGCAGGUGGAGGCCAUGGAGAAACUCAUCAACCUCACCGACAUCCUCAAGCAAGAGAAGAAAGACGAGACGCAGAAGGUACCUGCCUUGGACCCCCAAGUUCCCCUCCAAGCCGCGCUGCUGCUCAUUGCCUCCACAACGAGAAAGCCAAACAGAGCCCAACGCACACAAACUUGUUCAGAGGGGUUAAGUCCAGGGCUUGCGUUCUGGGGGAGAAGGUGGAGGAGGGUGGGUGCAAUGAAAUCUACAAACCUCAUGCCCCACUUUUGGCCAAAUAACCCUACUCCACCUGCCUGUAUCCUUCUAAAAACUGCCUUAAGAGGCUGUCACAAAAGCCACGGAGGGCGUCCUAAAAGCCCUCUCUGCUUCCCUGCUGUAACUCAAGCCCUGGACUAGACUGCUCUCCUCUGUUCUGAGCAUAGCUGUCAACGUUUCCCUUUUUUAAAGGGAAAUUCCCUUGUUCCGAAUAGGAUUCCUUGCAAGAAAAGGGAGAAGUUGACAGCUAUGAUCCUGAGUAGGCAAACCAAGGAGAAAACCCCAGGACUCAAAAGAAACCAGGAAAUCUUAAACCGCAACAAUAUUUGUGGCACCUUGAAAGUUUUAACAUAUUUCAUUACAGCCAUAAAUUUUUGGGGCUUCGUCCAUGAAAGGUUAUGCUGUAAUACAGCUGUAAUAAUACACUGAUGUUGGAAGAUUCAGGGCAGAGCAAAGAAAAGAAAAGGCCUUCCUGCAGCGCGUAAGUUAAACUAUGGAGAUUGCAGGACAGGAGAAUUGCUUGUGUGCUCAGGUCCUGCUAAUAAUAAUAAUUAUAAUUUAUACCCCGCCCUCCCUGGCCAAAACCGGGCUCAGAGCGGCUAACAUCAAGUAUAUAACACAUUAACAUAAAAUCAGGCAAUUAAUUAAAAUACAUCCUAAAAUCAGAAUAAAAUCCAAUCAGAUGGCAACCCACAGAUUAGGGUUGGGAACCUUAAAUGCUUAAAUGUAGAGCUAAGUCUUCGCUUUUCACUUGCUACACGCAAUCCUCCCUAAUGGGCGCAGGCUAGAAAAGGGCGGCGGGGUGUGUGUGUGACGAUUGUACCACAGCAGGCCCAAUAGGAACCUCAUGAACACAGCUGUCUUCCUGCCACCAUCAUGGGUUUCUGCUGGAGCAGAACUGUGGAGAAGGGCCAAAAAGGUAUUUGUUCCAUCAACAAAACAUAAACACAUAAUACACCGUAUUUUUCAAUGCACCUGACCAUAAGACGCACCUAGUUUUUAGAGAGGGAAUGCAAGGGAAAAAAUAUUCUUUAAAGGGAGCGCUGAGCAGAGCAUGUAUGCAUCCCAGGCUCUGCUCAACGCUCCCUUUCACGAGCCGCGUGGAGCGUGUGUGCGGCGCUUGCAGGCUUUUCCCCGAGGAGGGAGAAGGGCAGCCCGUCAGUGAUGGGCUGCCCUUCUCCCUCCUCGGGGAAAAGCCCCCAAGAGCCACACACACGCUCGGCGCGGCUCUUUAAAAGGAGCGCGGCUCUUGGGGGCUUUUGCAGGAGGUGGGGGAAGGGACACCCAUGCGCUCUGUCCCUUCCCCCACCUCCCGCAAGAGCCGCGUGCUCUUUAAAGGGAGCGCAGCUCUUGGGGGCAGCGAUCCCUCUUGCUGUCCUGGCUUAUGGGAUAGCCGCACGCAGCCUCUCCCGGGCAGCGGGAUGAAGGCUCCCCCAAGAGCCGCGCUCCCUUUAAAGAGCGCAUGGAGCGUGUGUGCGGCUCUUGGGGGCUUUCCCCGAGGAGGGCGAAGGGCAGCCCUUCUCCUCGGGGAAAAGCCCCCAAGAGCCACACACACGCUCCAUGCGGCUCUUUAUAGGGAGCGCUGAGCAGAGCCUCCUGCCUGCAUUUGCUCCAUAAGACGCACACACAUUUCCCCUUACUUUUUAGGAGGGGGAAAGUGUGUCUUAUAGCGCGAAAAAUACGGUACUAUUGCUGUAGAAAAGCGCCCAUACCUAUUGUGGGUUUCCCAUUGGGGCAUCUGGGCGGCCACUGUGAGAAACAGGAUGCUGGACUAGAUGGGCCAUAGACCUCAUCCAGCAGGGCUGUUUUCAUGUUCUUAAGUCUUCAAGGUGCCGCAAGACCCGUUUUUGCUGCAGCAGAUUAACCCAGCUCCCCGUUUAAGAAAGCUCGGCUGUGGUUAAUUUUCCAAACAGAAGAGGUUCUGGGGCUCAGGCCUGCGUGGAAGCAGACCCACUUCCCGUUGUGUGUGAGUGGCUGGGCUUAACUGCAGCUGUGUAUAGAGACACUUUGCAGAAGCUCAGGGGCUCUUUCUCUUCCUCUCUCUGUCCCCACUCUCCUCCUCGCCCUCCUCCCAAGAUGCAGAUGAAGUUCCUGGUGGAGCAGAUGAGGAGGCCAGAUUACAUGGAGGCGCUUCAGGGCUUCAUCUGUCCCCUCAACCCUGUGCACCAGCUGGGCAACCUCCGGUGAGACCAAGGGGAAGGUUUUGGCCAUUUAAAGCAGCGGGGGUUGGGAAGGAGGGGGCAGGAAAGGGACCCGGACUCCUGGGUCCCCCGGAAGAGGGCUGGUGGCAGGGGGACAGCUCAAAGCAGCCUCCGAGCACACAGCUGUGACCAGAUGUUCCCUCUGCUCCAGGUUGGACGAGUGCCGGAUCAUGUCUUCGGCCAAGCGCCCCUUGUGGCUCAACUGGGAGAAUCCCGACAUCAUGUCCGAGCUGCUCUUCACGAACCACGAAAUCAUUUUUAAAAAUGGAGAUGGUGAGUGGGAAGGGAGCUCAGGGAUGGAUGAGGGGGGGAGAGAAGAGCCGGGAGCAUUGCUUGCAGCAGAGGGGCGGGGAACCCUUUUCAUCCCGAGGGCCACACCCCCCUUUUGGCAAGCUCCCGAGGGCCACAUGCAAAUUGUGGGUGGAGCCAGAGGCAAAAGUGGGUGGAGCAAUGAAUGUAAAUUUUACCUUCGUACCAUAGACUAGUUUCUACACAUCCAGCCGGGCAGAAACACUUGAGGGCAAACCAGGAGCAGUGAGGGAGUUGUGAGAGGGCAGAUAACAGUGGUUUGGAGGGCCACAUUCAGCCCUUAGGCCCAGGGUUCCUGAACCCCUUUUCUCCUUCAGACAGCACCCAUUCAGUUCUCCCCCCAGGGGCUUGUGUGAAGCAUGAUGGGAAAAUCCAUUAUUGGAUGUGAUUCCACUGCCCACAACAUCUUGCAGCCCGGCACUUAGGCAGAUCUUUUCUCCAUCUGUUUAUAUACCCUUAAAAAACCCCAAACCAUCAGGUUACACCCAGUGGCUGCGAGUUACUUCCAGUGCAAGUUUUGGCAUUUUAUUUAUUUAUUUCAUACAUUUAUACGCGGUUUGAUGCCAAAACGGUCUCUAAGCAGUUUGCAAACUGUAUAGAAAACCGUCGACGAAACUGGAAAACUACAGUAAUAACGAGAACAAUAAAAUCCCCACAAAGCAAAAAGCACUUUUUUUUUGCUUUGCAGGGAAGAAUCUUAAGAGUCAGGGAUCCGUUCCCUCUUCACACACCUUUCUUUCUUGCCAAGGCCCAGCCCAGACAGCCAUCUGACUCUCACCCAGGUUGCUACCUCCUGCCCAAGACUCUCACCCACCCAAGGAAACAACCCUCCGUGGUACUGCUUCCCAAGCUUCGCCAAGCUCAAAAAUAACACUCAAAAUUGAUAUAUACAAAUAUACACAUAUACCGUAUUUUCCACUCCAUAAGAUGCACUUUUUUCUUCCUAAAAAGUAAACAGAAAUGUCUGUGCAUCUUAUGGAGCGAAUGCGUGGUCCCUGGAGCCAAAUUGCCCAGGGGCAAAAAGUAGAUCAUGCUUUUUUUUUCAGAAAGAGGGAAGGGGGUGUUGAAAGGAAGCAGCUGAUCGGAAAGCGAUCGGGGAGGGAGAUAAGGGACGCUAGAGAUAAAGGAGGCUGCUUGGGAGGGGGGAGGUAAAAGCCCAUGGAUCCUCAGGAUUUUUGCAUUGGGUCACCCCAAAUUUACCAUCAGAUCACAUAGCAUGCCCAUGGCUACAGCCUGCACCAAAAAAAUCAUAUAUCCACUGUUUCGUUCAGAAUAUUUUUUUUCUUGUUUUCCUCCUCUAAAAACUAGGUGCAUCUUAUGGUCAGGUGCGUCUUACGGAGCGAAAAAUACAGUACCUAAUAUACACAAAAAUAUGAACCUAACUUGAAGUGGGGUGGGACGUUCUCAGCCUUGCUUCCACCCCAAAGGAUUCUCUUUCGUAUCUUGUCGUGUCCCUUUGUUGUCGUUCCCUUCUUGAGUUCCCCAUUCCAUUUUAAGGAAGAGACACGCCAGGAUCCAUGAUUUCCAUUUUUCUCCCCGCAUCAGCACCAAAGCUCACACCCACACGCCCAGCCUCUCAGCCCAUCAGAGGACAACUCACUCCCGACCACUCCAGCCGCUUCUUUGUUUUAAUAAUCUCCUCUGUGAUCCCCAGACCUCCGGCAAGAUAUGUUGACUCUGCAGAUCAUCCGGAUCAUGGAGAGCAUGUGGCAGAACCAAGGACUGGACCUCAGGUAGCGUUAAGGCAACGUGUCGUGGGGUGGGACUUUUGCCUACUCUUUCAUCCUCAUUUGACCUUUGCUUUGAAAACAAGUGAAUUCUCUUUUGCUGGAGAACACACACACUGCCCCAAAUCCAGAAGUGUCUAGGUGUGUUCCUGAAGUGCUGUUUUCAGAGGCGAGGUUGCAGACUUUUCAUGGGUUGGCUUUAAAUAAAGUCGGGGUGCCAGACUAUAAACAGCUGCACCCUCCCUGCCACCAAGAAGGGGUCCAGCGAGAAAUCCUUAUCAAAACAGCAACCAUUGGGGCUGUGGGUGGGUAUGAAAUAAUCCCCGUCACGGGGAUUCGAACUGCUGACCUUCUGAUCGGCAAGCCCUAGGCUCUGUGGUUUAACCCAGAGCGCCACCUGCGUCCCUUAGAGGUAGGCUUGUUAGGAUAUUUCCGUUCCACCUUAAAAGGGAGCAGGCUGUGAGUCACAGAGUCUGCGUAUUUCCUGUUCACAGGAUGUUUAUGUUUUCUGUUGCUUUCGUUUUCUCUCUCUGUGUCUGGAGACACUGACGCAGGCAGUCAUGUCUUUCUUUGUUCUGAUCAACGCAGAAUAAAACUUGUAAAUAAUGCUCUCCUGAGUGCGACUUUUGCUGUGCAUUAUCUGCUGAUAAAGAGUGUGCAUGAGCUCUGGAAUGUGGCAAGAUAUUUUCUAGAAACUCAUGUCGCUAAUAAUAAUAAUAAUAAUAAUAAUAAUAAUAAUAAUAAUAAUAAUAUCUUUAUUGUCAUUGCCCCCUUCGGGGACAACGAAAUUACUUGACUGCUCCAUAAAAACACUAAUUAAUCAAUACAGUAUAACACAGCAAGGGAGAUUAGAUGACUUUCAAAGUCCGGGCUUCCCAUUCAGGGCCGAGAUCGCUCUGGAGAAGAAGCUGUUCUUAAGACGGCUCGUUCUUGUCUUCAUCGUCCUGUAUCUCCGUCCCGACGGCAAGAGCUCGAAGAGACAGUGACCAGGAUGCGAUGGAUCUUUUACUAUGUCCAGUGCCUUCCUAUGGCACCUUGUGGCAUAAAUCUGCUCUAAGGUGGAGAGUGGGCAGCCAACAAUGCUCUCUGCUGCCUUAACAACCCUGCACAACCCCAUCCUGUCCUGGGUAGUACAGCUUCCGUACCACACACAUAAGCCAUAAGUGAGCUCGCUCUCAAUGGCACAGUGAUUGCUGAUACUGCGUGCCUACGGGAGAUCGAUGGAUCGUCCGGCAGACGGCUUGGGGCCAUGAUGGACUUUGUCUCCCUGGCAGUAUCCCAACAAGGCUGUCCCUAAACCUGGAGGCUCCAUUUAGACUUUCUGACCUUCCAUGACUACAGUGGUACCUCGGGUUAAGAACUUAAUUAGUUCCAGUGGUCCAUUCUUAACUUGAAACUGUUCUUAACCUGAAGCACCACUUUAGCUAAUGGGGCCUCCCGCUGCUGUUGCACUGCGAUUUCUGUUCUCAUCCUGAAGCAAAGUUCUUAACCCGAGGUACUAUAUCUGGGUUAGCGGGGUCUGUAACCUGAAGCAUCUGUAACCCGGAGCGUCUGUAACCCAAGGUACCACUGUAUGCCUAAUCCCCUGUUUCCCCCCAAGCCAUCUCAGUCUUCUGUCUUCCUCCCGGUCCUUUGCAGGAUGCUGCCCUACGGCUGCCUCUCCAUCGGGGACUGCGUGGGCCUCAUCGAGGUGGUGAAGAGCUCCCACACCAUCAUGCAGAUCCAGUGCAAGGGCGGCCUCAAGGGGGCGCUGCAGUUCAACAGCAACGCUCUGCACCACUGGCUGAAGGACAAGAACAAGGGAGAGGGGUCAGUUACUGUUAUUUGCUCCAUUCCUUCUGUUACCCGAAAAAUCCGAGGGCUCCCUUGGACAAAAACAAAGACACCAACCAGGAUAACUUGGAGCAAAACAGCAGCCUGUAGGCUUGGCCUUUAUUGAAUACUGUCGCAACAGGGUGUUCCCCUCACUUGCAGGAGAGAGGAAAGACACAGAAAGAUGGUGUGCAAGACCUUAUAAAAACUUUUGAAAUUCCCAUCCUCUAGGUCAAGCCCACCCCCAGAAACAUCAUGCAUACAUUACAGAAAGGAGGGGUUGAGGGAGGAGUUGUGGUGGUAACCUGAGUGUCCUGUCACCUGGCUGGUUCCUCCUUUCCCCCUGCCCAUGAGUCACUUCCAGGAGACAAAGGGAGUUGGCAGUUUCCUGCCCCCAGAGGGAAGAUCUGAUCAUUGUCCUUUGUUCCAGUCCGUGCUGAAUCCACUCCCAUAUGCAAGUUCUUUGUGAUCUUGAUGGUCUUCUGUCUAGGACCAUCAGGGUUGGCAUAGCAACUGGGCAGGGCUCCGGUGGAUGUGCUGGGAUGGUGAAGGGAUUAUGGCUGGCAAGAACCAAGCCACCCCCCUUUGAUAGUCCUUGUCAUAUGGAGUAAAAAAAAAACGGAACAGUGCAAAUCCGAUGUAUGGUUGAUUUUCUAUGAAUUUAUAACAGAAGUGUAGCGUAUGUAGUGUGUGAGUGUGUGUGAAGUUUGUACAAACUGAAUGAUGGGGGGGGGGUUUCCUGCUACACUUCCCUCCCCUCACCAUGGGGUCCCAGGGUGGGUUGCAGCCAUUUUUUAAGAUGCAGCACUAAACUCAGUUUCAAGCAAACGACGGCCACUUUUUAAGUGGGUCCUAAAAAUAUGCGCAUCUUGCAUGAUGAAGGCCUGGGCAAAAUGGUGCGUCCUCAGCAGAUGAGGAAAGCUGUCCAGCGAAGGUGCCAGGCGCCUCUCUGUGGGGAGGGAGUUCCACAGCCGAGGGCUCACCACAGAGAAUGCCUGGCUGUAGCUGCGUGGCAGAGCACCUGCUUGGCAUGCAGAAGGUGUGGGUUCAACCCCCAAGGGCAUCUCCAGGGAGGACUGAGAGAGGCUCCCUUUCUGAAACUCUGGAGAGCCGCUGCUGCCAGUCAGGGUGGACAAUAUUGAGGUAGAUGGACCCCAGUGAUAUACAGUGGUGCCCCGCAAGACGAAUGCCUCGCAAGACGGAAAAACCGCUAGACGAAAGGGUUUUCCGUUUUGAAGUUGCUUCGCAGGACGAAUUCCCCUAUGGGCUUGCUUCGCAAGACGAAAAUACCUUGCGAGUCUUGAGAUUUUUUUCGCUUUUCCCCUUUAUCUAAUCUGCUAAGCCUUUAAUAGCCUUUAAUAGCCUUUUAGCAGCUAAUCCCCUAAGCCUUUAAGCCUUUAAUAGCCGCUAAACCGCUAAUAGCGCUAAUAGCGCUAAUCCGUCAAUGGGCUUGCUUCGCAAGACGAAAAAACCGCUAGACGAAGACUCUCGUGGAACGGAUUAAUUUCGUCUUGCGAGGCACCACUGUACCGUAUUUUUUGCUCUACAGGACGCACUUUUUCCCCUACAAAAAUGAAGGCGAAAUGUGUGUGCGUCCUAUGGAGCGAAUGCAGGCUUUUGCUGAAUCCUGGAGAGCGAGAGGGGUCAGUGCGCACCGACCCCUCUCGCUCUCCGGGCUUCAGGAAGCUAUCCGCAAGCCUUCUGAGCGCUGCGGGAGUUCCCGCCGGGCUCCGAAGACUUGCAGAUAACAGCCUGCAGCCCAGGGAACUCCGGGAGCUGCGCGCAACCUUGCCGCUGCUCCCAGACCUGCUCUGGAGGCUGGGGUCGGGGGAAGCUCGGGCUUCCCUCGCCCCAGCCCCGUGGCUAAAAAUGAAGCCAAGACAGCGAGCGGGAUGCAUCCCGCUCGCUGUCUUGGCUUCUGCCGAAGCCGUGUGCAGCCUCUCCUGGCUGGAGAGGUUGUGCGUGGCUAAAGAGGAAGGCAAGACAGCCAGCGGGAUGCAUCCCGCUAGCUGUCUUGGCUUCUUUGCUCUUUGGGGCGGGGGGGGGAAUAAUAUUUUUUUUCUUUAUUUCCCCCCUAAAAACUAGGUGCGCCCUAUGGUCUGGUGCACCCUAUGGAGCGAAAAAUAUGGUAGUAUAAAUGGACCCCAAUGGCACAGUAUAAAGGCAGCUUCCUUCAUUCUGGGCCAAAAAUUAUGAGGAUGGUAGAACUACCAAGAGAUUGAGAGGGUCUGCAGGGAAGGGGGGGGGGGGCUUUCAGCUCUUGGGGGCCUGAGUCACUUUGGGCUUUAAACGUGAGCACCAGGAAUUGGGCCUAGAAGCAAACCAGCAACCAGCAGGGUGGCGGCAGUGGCCAGCUGUGGGUCAGGAAGAAGUGGGGGCUUUUGUGGAUCUUGCUCCCCCUCCAGGAAGGGAAGGGAAGGACUGGGAUAUUUGAUACAGGUCUCUCAAUGGCGCAGGACAAGGUUGGCAACGUUCCAGGUGUGGGGAGAAUUUGCUAAAAGGGCUUAUGGGGUCUGCUGCUGCAGAGACUGGGGUGAGGUGAUGAGGAAGAAGGGAUGCCGUAGCUCAUAGCUUCUGCAUGCAGAAGGUUGUAGGUUCCAUCCCUGGCAUCUGGGAAGGAUUCCCUGGAGAGCCACAGCUGCCAGUCAGGGUAGACAACACUGAACAAGACAGACCAAUGGUUUUACUCGGUGUAAGGCGGCUUCCCAUGCUGCUAAUCCUGGUGUGUUCAGCAAGGCCCUAACGUUUCCCUCCUUCCUGGAUCCAGCUAUGACGCUGCCAUUGACCUCUUCACGCGUUCCUGUGCCGGUUACUGCGUCGCCACCUUCAUCCUGGGCAUCGGGGACCGCCACAACAGCAACAUCAUGGUCAAGGACGAUGGGCAGGUGAGUGGAUUUCUGUACUCGCUGCGAGAAGCCAAGUUACAGGGAACCAGGCAGAAGGCCUUCUCGGUGGUGGCACCCCCCCUGCAGAACGCCCUCCCACCAGAUGUCAAAGAGAAAAACAACUACCAGACUUUAAGAAGACAUCUGAAGGCAGCCCUGUUCAGGGAAUACUAUUGUAUUUGAAUAUUCUGUUGGAAGCCGCCCAGAGUGGCUGGGGAAACCCAGCCAGAUGGGCAGGGUAUUAUUAUUAUUAUUAAUAAUAAUAAUAAUAAUAAUAAUAAUAAUUACACAAAUGUGCACACUUCCCUCCCACCCACGGCCUUCGUCCCAGGAAAACAAGCAACAGUGAAAAAUUCCUCCCCUUCUUUCUUUCUUUCUUUCUUUCUUUCUUUCUUUCUUUCUUUCUUUCUUUCUCUCUCUCUCUCUCUCUCUCUCUCUCUCACCUUGCUGCCUUCCCCACCAGCUGUUCCACAUUGACUUUGGCCAUUUCCUGGACCACAAGAAGAAGAAGUUUGGCUACAAGCGGGAGCGAGUCCCCUUCGUCCUCACACAGGACUUCCUCAUCGUCAUCAGCAAAGGGGUGCAGGAGUGUACGAAGACCAAAGAGUUCGAGAGGUAAGAGAUGGGCAGCCUUCAGCCACACGUCUCCUUUUUUUUUGGUUAAAUCAUUUUUUAUUAAUUUUCCAAUAAAAAACAUCCAAUUAACAUAUCAAAUCAUAAUCCAAUUAAAAUAAAGAACUGAAAAAGACCAAAUUAUCAUCCAAAUUAGAAUUAUUAAUUUUUCGGGACUUCCCAUAGUCUGGACCUUAAAGCAUAGCUCCAAAUCUCAACCCUGCCUCUCCUCGUUGUUUCCAUAUUUCCACAUCUCGAUUUUAACGCUUUAAAGUUCUCCGUCUCUGGCUCUCCGAUUCUCAAUCAUGUCAGACAUCAUAUAUCCUUUCAUCCAUCGAGUACAGCUUUAUUUGUAAGGACACACAUCUCCUGCAUAGCUGUCAACUUUCAGAUUUGAAAGUUGACAAUCAGCAGCCUCGAAAAUAAGAGAUCAGCAGCCUCACCUGUCCCGGGGACAGUCUACGGGAUAUCUAACAAUCCGGGAUAGCAGCGGAAAGCAGCGGGAAAUGGCACUGGAAUGAGGGAAUUUCCCGCAAAAAAAGGGAAGGUUGACAGUUAUGGUCUCCUGAUAACUUGCUGGGAAACCCUUCACUUCCCCACCACCUGAAAACAACACAAACUAGGCAUCCUUCGCCCACAGCAUCCCUCAAAAUCCAGGAAUCUGGCUUCCCCACACUCCCUUCCCCCAAACCACAGAGACAAGGACUCCCUCCCCCAAUUGUUUGUUGUUUAGUCGUGUCCGGCUCUUCGUGACCCCAUGGACCAGAACAUGCCAGGCACGCCUGUCUUCCUCCCUCAAUUACACCCCCCUUUUCAAGAAUGGCAUCGCUUCUGCAGCGUUCAGCUGUGUACAGGAGCCACACAUACACACACCAUGAACUGGGACUUCACACUUCAAAUGACACACCCACCCGCCUUUGCAGCAAACACUGGUUUUCCUCCCCAGUUUGCUCCUCCCUUCUACUUUCCCCCUUGCACGCUCAUACACUUGAUCUGAGAACGCAAGAGCCUGGCUGCUGGAUCAGGCCCAAGGGACCCCAUCCAGUCCAGCAUCCUGUUCUUGCAGUGGCCAGCCAGAUUCUCCAAAGGGAAGCCCGCAUUCGGGACCUCACAGCCACAGGGACACUCUCCCUGCUUGUGAUUCCUAGAGCUAUCCUGCCUCUGACCGUGGCGGGAGAAGAUAGCCAUUGUGGUUAACAGCACAGAUGAAUGAAUGAAUUUUAUUAUUACGGUCACAGACCAGUUCCGGGUCACUUACAAUAUCAGGAAAAUCAUAAAACACAACAGGGAUACAUUGAAUUGCAAUUGGGUACAACAGAGACAAUUCAGAUAUAGCGACAGUUUUAUAUAUAUGUAUAUAUAUAUAUUUAUAAAUAUAUAUAUAUAUACACAGUGGUACCUCGGGUUACAUACGCUUAAGGUUACAUACGCUUCAGGUUACAGACUCUGCUAACCCAGAAAUAGUACCUUGGGUUAAGAACUUUGCUUCAGGAUGAGAACAGAAAUUGUGCUCUGGCGGCGCAGCAGAAGCAGGAGGCCCCAUUAGCUAAAGUGGUGCUUCAGGUUAAGAACAGUUUCAGGUUAAGAACGGACCUCUGGAACGAAUUAAGUACUUAACUCGAGGUACCACUGUGUGUGUGUUUGUGUGUGUGUGUGUGUGUGUGUGUGUGUAUAUAUAUUUAUCACUAAAAUAUAACCUAAAAUUAUCAUUUAAAACCUUAAUCCUUUUGGUAGUACAGCUUGUUCCCUAAAUUUUAUGGAAGCACAGAUCAUCUCUUACGUUUUUUUAAUACCUAGAAGGAAUAGCUGUGAGUUCCAAUCUACAUUUGAGAGAACGUUCAAAGAUCACAUCUUUUAAUUCCUAAUGAAUCUUGAACAACACACUAGAGCAGAGCUUUCCGAACUGUGCGUCGCGCCACGUUACGCAGUGUGCAGGUGUGUCUCAUGAACGCUCCCUGCGCUCCCCCUGGGGCUGGAAAGGGGUUAGUUUAACCUCCGGUUUGCUAGUAAAACUGAAUCACUGUGUCGCAAAAUGACGCAUGUCUAAAAAGUGUGUCACGAACAUGAAGAGUUCGGAAAGCUCUGUGCCAGAUGCACAUGUGUACACAUGAACUUCAGAAAUAUUCCAAAGCAUUCUGCCUCCAACAUUGGAGGCAUCUUGCCUAGAGGCCAUCAAUAGCCGCCUCCUCCUCCAUGAAUUAGUCUAACCCUCUUUUAAAGCCAUGUAAGUCGGUAACCGGGACGCGGGUGGCGCUGUGGGUUAAACCACAGAGCCUAGGACUUGCCGAUCAGAAGGUCGGCGGUUCGAAUCCCCGCAAUGACGGGGUGAGCUCCUGUUGCUUGGUCCCUGCUCCUGCCCACCUAGCAGUUCGAAAGCACCUCAAAGUGCAAGUAGAUAAAUAGGUACCGCUCCGGCGGGAAGGUAAACGGCGUUUCCGUGUGCUGCUCUGGUUCGCCAGAAGUGGCUUAGUCCUGCUGGCCACAUGACCCGGAAGCUGUACGCCGGCUCCCUCGGCCUGUAAAGCGAGAUGAGCGUCACAACCCCAGAGUCGGCCACGACUGGACCUAAUGGUCAGGGGUCCCUUUACCUUUAAGUCUGUAACCCUCGUUGCCUCCAGUGGCAGGGAGUUCCACAGUUGUGACGUCUUAUCUGCCCUGAAUCUUCCCACAUGUCAAGGCCCUUCUCCCUCCCAGGUUCCAGGAGAUGUGCUACAAGGCCUACCUGACCAUCCGCCAGCACGCCAACCUGCUCAUCAACCUCUUCUCCAUGAUGCUGGGCUCGGGGAUGCCGGAGCUGCAGUCCUUUGACGACGUGGCCUACCUGCGCAAGACCCUGGCGCUGGACAAGUCGGAGCAGGAGGCGCUGGAGUACUUCACCAAGCAGAUGAACGAGGCCCACCACGGCGGCUGGACCACCAAGAUGGACUGGAUCUUCCACACCAUCCGCCACAUGCCCCUCAGCGAGGCCGGCCACGACUGACAAGGACCCUCCGCCACCGGGGAGAGAGGAAACGCCGGCCCUCCAGAGCGGCAGGGAGAGGAUCCGGGAGCGCCGACGGGGCUACCAAGGCAAGGGGGCGGGGAGCCCCGUGUGAACUCGGGCAACCGGGUUCCUGAUCCCCUCUCGGGACCGGCAGGGAGAGGAUCCAGGAGCGCUGGUGUGCCUUGCAGGACGCGAGGAAGGGAGGGGAGAGGGUCGCCCAGCCCCCUGCACGGGGGGUAAGGGGUCUUGAGGUUGAGAGAGGUUGGGGGGCAGGAAGUGGGGACCAGUUGCCUUCUGCAGGUGGUAGAGAUGUAGGCAUGGAAACGGACCCUUUUCCCUCCCGGAAGUGUGUAUGCGUGUGUGUUUGCCCCACCCGUUCACCCAAUUUGAAAUUCUCUUCCCCACUUUUCACAUCGGGGGCUAAAACAGGAGACGCCCUUCCGCUCUGCCCUCCAGGCAGGUUUAUACUUGAAUUGCCCCCACUGCCCUUCUCUCCCCCUCCUUGGCAGAAAAACGGGGAGAGGGAGGUGGAGAGGGGGGUGUGGUCAAGGGGAGGGGGUUUUACUGUGGGGGAAAUGGGCAGAAAGUGGCAAUACUUGAAAAAAAAAUGUCCAGGGUUGGAAAGGAAACAAACAAAAAUAUGGUUAUUUUCUCUCUUUUUUUUUUCAAAUAAAAUUUUGAAAAAGAGAGUAUUGGUUGGAAAAGGAGAAUAGCAGUAAUUCCAACUUGGGUUACAAAGGCUUUGGGAAUUGCCUUGUGUGAAGCAGUUCAUUGGGUUAAUUCUGUGCGGAGGAGGAUGCAGUUCUUUCUGUCUGCCCCAAACCACCUGCCUGUCGAUCUCACGUCAUGACUCCCAAGUUAAUCUGCAA